AUGGACCGCUCUGCUCGUCGGCACUUGCUCACACCCCGCCUAGGACCCAUCUCCGAAGCCCCGCGCCCUCGCCAAUGUCGUAAACCGAGUCGCCGAGUCACCUUUUCAGAUACCGUCGAGAUGAAUUUUCUUCCCACCCGCUUUCGAGGCGAGACCACCGGCCCGGCCAAGGCCGCUCCUCCGACCUGGGCCGGCAAGACCAUCACGCCCACUCUGCACUUCCUCGGUCGCCUCGCCGCUUCGCACCCUAUUCACACGAUUGUUCUCGCCGCAGUUCUCGCCAGCUCUUCCUACAUUGGCCUCAUCCAAGACAGCCUGCUCGAGAGGACCGCCACCGUUAGCAAGGCCGACUGGUCCUCCCUGACCGAGGGCAGUCGACAGCUCUUUGCUGGUCCCGAGACCGCCUGGCGAUGGCAAAGCGUCGAGCCCGAUGCUCCGGGCACCAGCCAGGCCGACCACCUCGCCCUUUUGACUCUCGUUUUCCCCGACACCCUCUCUGACGAUUCUCUCGAUGUCGCUCCUCUCGCCCAGGCCGUUCCGACCCCGCAGAACCUCUCCAUCACCUCUCUGCCCGUUACCGAGAACCCAUUCACUACCUACACCCAGGACAGCAUCCUCGCCUACUCCCUUCCUUACGACCAGGCCCGUGAGUUCCUCACAGCUGCUCAGGAAAUUCCCUCCGAGAACAGCGAGACGGUCCUUACCCGCCAUGGUCGCGAGGAGAAGAUGUGGAUCAUGAAGGCCGCCAAGGUGCACACCCGUAAUACCUUUUUCGAGUGGGCUCGCAACGCCUGGACCGAGUUUAUCGAUCUGCUCAAAAACGCCGAGACUCUCGACAUUGUCAUCAUGGUUCUUGGCUAUCUUUCCAUGCACCUGACAUUUGUCUCUCUGUUUCUGUCUAUGCGCCGCAUGGGCUCUAACCUCUGGCUUGGCAUGAGCACUCUCUUUGCCUCUGCUUUUGCAUUUGUCUUUGGUCUCGCCGUCACUACCAAGCUUGGUGUCCCUAUCAGCGUCAUCUUACUUUCCGAGGGGCUACCUUUUCUCGUUGUCACUAUUGGCUUUGAAAAGAAUAUUGUCCUCACUCGCGCUGUCCUCAACCACGCUAUCGAAGCUCGUCGCAACCAGUCGCAAAGCCCCCAAGGUAAGGACAAGUCCCAGACUCAGGACGUCAUCCGGACCGCCAUCCACGCUGCCAUCAAGGAUAAGGGCUAUGAGAUUAUUCGUGACUAUGCCAUCGAGAUUACUAUCUUGGUUCUUGGUGCGGCUUCCGGUGUUCAGGGUGGUCUUCAGCAGUUCUGUUUUCUCGCCGCCUGGAUCCUCUUCUUUGACUGCCUCCUGCUCUUCACCUUUUACACUGCGAUCCUCAGCAUCAAGCUCGAGAUUAAUCGCAUUAAGCGCCAUUUCGAAAUGCGGCAGGCCCUCGAGGCUGACGGCGUGAGCCGCCGUGUUGCCGAAAAUGUCGCUUCCAGCAACGACUGGCCCACUGGUGACGCCAAGACUACCGAGGAUAAGGCCCUGUUUGGUCGCGGCAUGAAGAGCAGCAGCGUCCCCAAGUUCAAGGUCCUCAUGAUUUCUGGCUUUGUUCUAAUUAAUGUUGUCAAUAUUUGCACCAUUCCUUUCCGCAGUGGCAGCUCCUUUGCUACCCUUCGCUCUUGGGCUGGUGGUUUGGGUGGUGUCGUUUCCACCCCUCCCGUGGACCCUUUCAAGGUGGCCGCCAAUGGUCUGGAUGUCAUUCUCUCCGCUGCCAAGUCGCGUGGCCAGGCUGUUCUCGUUUCCAUCCUUACGCCUAUCAAGUAUGAGCUCGAGUACCCCUCUGUCCACUACGCUCUUCCUGCCGCUGUCGCCGAUGCUGCUGUCCACGGAUCACAGGCCAGUCACUUUGACAGCUACGGAGUGGGUGGUCGCGUAGUUGGCAGCCUGCUCAAGAGCCUCGAAGAUCCCAUUCUGUCCAAGUGGAUUAUUGCUGCCCUCGCUCUCAGCGUUGGAUUGAACGGCUACCUGUUCAACAUUGCCCGCUGGGGCAUCAAUGAACCCAGUGUCUCCGAGACUUCAGAGCACCAUAUUGACCGCAAGGAGCUUGCUCGUGCUCAGCGCUUCAACGAAACCGAGCCCAGCUCCAUCCCUCUGGGACAAUACGUCGCUCCUACUCCCCAGCCUACCCAGCCCGCCACCCCCGCCCUCACCGACGACGAGGGCGAUGGCCUGACUAUGACUAGGACAAAGCCUACUCCCUCUGCCAAUCGCAGCAAUGCCGAACUAGACCAGAUGCUACUUGAGAAACGUGUACCCGAGAUGACGGAUGAGGAAGUUGUCGCCAUGUCGAUGCGUGGCAAAAUUCCCGGUUACGCCCUCGAAAAGACUCUCGGCGACUUCACGCGCGCUGUCAAGAUCCGCCGUACUAUCAUUUCCCGCACCAAGGCCACCUCCCACAUCACCCAUACCCUGGACCGAUCCAAGUUGCCAUACGAUAACUACGAUUGGGAGCGCGUCUUUGGCGCGUGCUGCGAGAAUGUUAUUGGUUAUAUGCCCCUCCCCGUUGGUGUUGCCGGUCCCCUCGUCAUUGAUGGACAGAGCUACUUUAUCCCCAUGGCUACCACUGAAGGUGUCUUGGUUGCCAGUGCCAGCAGAGGCUGCAAGGCCAUUAACUCUGGUGGCGGUGCGAUUACUGUUUUGACUGGUGACGGCAUGACCCGUGGUCCCUGUGUUAGCUUUGAGACUCUGGAGCGCGCUGGUGCUGCCAAGCUGUGGCUUGAUUCUGAAGAGGGCCAGAAUGUGAUGAAAAAGGCUUUCAAUUCGACCAGCCGCUUCGCUCGCCUCCAAACUAUGAAGACUGCCAUUGCCGGUACCAACCUGUACAUUCGCUUCCGCACAACCACCGGUGAUGCCAUGGGCAUGAACAUGAUAUCCAAGGGUGUCGAGCACGCGCUGAACGUCAUGUCUACCGAGAGCGGCUUCGACGACAUGGUCAUCGUCUCAGUCUCAGGCAACUACUGCUCGGACAAGAAGCCUGCUGCUAUUAACUGGAUUGAGGGCCGUGGCAAGGGCGUCGUGGCCGAGGCUAUUAUUCCCGGGGAUGUUGUCAAGAGCGUUCUCAAGUGUGACGUGGACACUCUUGUCGAGCUCAAUAUCAGCAAGAAUUUGAUCGGCUCCGCCAUGGCUGGUGCGAUGGGUGGUUUCAACGCGCACGCGGCCAACAUUGUUGCUGCCAUCUACCUCGCCACCGGCCAGGAUCCCGCUCAGGUCGUGGAGAGCUCCAACUGCAUCACGAUCAUGAAGAACCUCAAAGGUGCACUGCAAAUUUCGGUCUCGAUGCCUUCGCUGGAAGUGGGCACGCUAGGUGGCGGUACCAUUCUCGAGCCACAGAGUUCCAUGCUCGAUCUUCUCGGCGUGCGCGGCUCGCACCCGACCAACCCCGGUGAGAAUGCCCGUCGUCUUGCCCGCAUCAUUGCGGCGUCUGUCCUCGCUGGUGAGCUGUCACUCUGUAGUGCCCUGGCAGCCGGUCAUCUGGUCCGCGCACACAUGCAGCACAACCGUAGUGCCGCUCCUUCGAGAAGCACGACGCCGGCUCCCCCGGUCACGCCGGUCUCGCUAGCCAUGACAAAUGGUCUGGAAAAGGCCACUGGCAAGAGUGCGGCCGCGCAACAGCGAUCUAGACGGUGA